AGAUGAAACCCUCAGCUUCGUCGCUCCCGUGUGCAUGAACGGCUAGCUGUGGGUGGUAUCCCGCGAAUGGGUUGAGAGAAAGGACAUGUCUCGCACCUGACAACCGGGCGCUCGAGCUGCUAGUCAGGAAAUCGAGCGACGGGCUCAGCCCAACAUGUCGCAGGAGUCAGGAAGGAUGAGUUCUUCGCAAGAUUUUGCAGAUGUAUUCGAUGGAAAGAUAACAGAUAUGCCAUCGGAUUCUUUUUCGAGUCAGAACCAUUUUGAGAUUGAACCAUUUCAGAUCAGCUCGCAAGAAAACUAUUCGCAAGAAAGUUAUUCUCUGUCCGAUGUGCAUGCUACGGCAGAACGGAUGAUCGGAGGACUGUCCGAAAGGCAGGAUGGGCCCAAUCUCCGCGACAGCAAGGGCAGAAGGGAACAUGAGACGUCAGAUCGUGAAGAUGAACAAGAGAGUCAAUUUCAACGUCCUGAGGAAGAAGAAGCUGCAGAGAAAGCUGCUGAUGUACUCACGAGCUUCAAAUCUGCGAGUCAGGAGAGCAACCUGUCAUCGAGCAAGACUGAGGAAGGUGUUGAUCAACGCAACGUUACCGCGCAAUCUUCUCCCUGUCCCGCUGCAACGCAAAGCUGACGGCAUCAUUGCGCCUCAAAACGACUGGGAGGAUGACAGUUUGGACUCGGACGAAGCGAUCGUUCGGGACAUGUACCGGAAGGAAGGUUUCGAUGUCUUGUUCAACCCCCUCUCAAGCUCCACUUCCAAUGUCAAGUUAUCCUUCAGAAUUCAGAACAGCCAGGCAGUCACUAUCAAGGAGCUCAGCGAGCAUAUCGAGAAGGGGUUGAUGUUGUAUAUCAACAAGAGGUGCAGCUUCAAGAUCAAUGAGAUCACAACUGCACAGAGCAAGGAGGGGAGGCUCUUCUUUGGAGGCGUCGUCACGAUCGGCAUGGAAAUGCUCGAGCAGAACAAGAAGUCGCAAAAGGCAUCGAUCCGCCUCUUCGGCUUCAACAACAAGGACCCUGAGAAGAGGCACAAGGCCCAGUACUCCGGGCAGCUGUCGAGCAACGAGGAUCUCUUCCCCCUCUUCCGAUGCCUCUUCGAGCAGCAGGGCCGAAAGAUCGAAGACCUCCAGCUCUCUCCAAACCCCGUCUUCUCCUCCACCGACAACGCGGUCAUGGACCCCAGCUACGGGUUUGACGUUGACCGGAUGGCGAAGGUGCUGGAGAGGUUGAAGGAGGAGAACAAGGUGGAGAAAUACAGCAAGCAGCUCAUGCUCGUGAAAAACCCUCGUCGAACUCGGUUGGAGACGAUGAGAUUUCUCCUCACCUACUGCAGGGACUGCAUAGUCUCCCUUGAAUCGCUCAAACUCAACAGGAGGACUCUUGAUAAGCGCAACCGGGUUGCACGUCCCAACCACUCAAUCAGCCUUUAG